AAAAGAAGAACACAAGAGACGUGAGCAUCUUCUGGUGUGUUCGGCAUCAUCUUGCAACUGUGAAAGAGAAAUAUUAUACACUACUAGUAUACUGCGAAUGAAAUUUUGCUUAGAAUGCAAAAACGCCCAUUUAGAGAGUUUAGAAGGGCACUCGGUUUUUCAUUACUUGGCUAGGGUGUAAAAUUUCCCGAAUUUGGGAAUCGUCAAUAUGAACAGAAUAAUGGGGACAAACUUGGCUUGGUGACGUUCAGCUUUGAAAUGGCCGACGAUUGAGACGUUAAAUGACUGUAAAAGAUGGAAGGAUUAGACGAAAAGCCCGGACUCUUUGGGGCUUUCUGAUCAGAUAAGAUCGGUCAAAUAUGGCGAACGUGAACCUCUCGUUUCUGUUCUCUAUUCUUCUCUUGAACUUUGUGGCGAUUGUCUUUGGCGCCGAUAAAUUUAGCAGAAGCGAUUUCCCUGCUGAUUUCGUCUUCGGCUCAGGAACCUCUGCUUAUCAGUAUGAGGGGGCGGCUUUUGAAGAUGGAAGGACUCCAAGCAUUUGGGACACUUCUGCUCAUGCUGGGAAUAUGGGUGGAGCCACUGGAGACGUAACAUGUGAUGGGUACCACAAAUAUAAGGAAGAUGUCAAACUCAUGGUGGAAAUAGGGUUAGAGGCAUAUAGGUUCUCCAUCUCAUGGACAAGACUUAUUCCUAGUGGCAGAGGACCUGUCAACCCAAAGGGUUUAGAAUAUUAUAACAAUCUCAUCAAUGAACUUGUUAAAAAUGGAAUCCAACCGUAUGCUACAUUAACACAUAGUGAUAUACCUCAGUCUCUUGAAGAUGAAUAUGAAGGAUGGUUUAGUCGAAAAAUUGUGAGAGACUUCACAGCAUAUGCCAAUGUGUGCUUUAGAGAAUUUGGGGACAGGGUUUUGCAUUGGACCACCGUGAAUGAGCCUAAUGUAUUUGCUAUGGGUGGUUACGACGAUGGCUGGACACCCCCUCAACGUUGCUCUCCCCCAUUUGGAAUGACAAAUUGUUCUAGGGGUGACUCCUCAACAGAGCCAUAUGUUGCUGCUCAUAAUAUCUUACUUGCACAUGCAUCAGCAGCAAGAUUGUACAGGAAAAAGUACCAGGGAAAAAUACUUUUCCUGAUACAGGAGAGGCAACAUGGAUACAUAGGAAUUAACAUCUAUAGUAGUCAACUUGUGCCAUAUACUAAUGCAACUAAAGAUUUGAUUGCAACUGAAAGAGCCAGAAGCUUUUUGUUUGGUUGGAUUGUUGAGCCCCUGUUAUUUGGAGACUAUCCAGAGAUUAUGAAGAUGAUUGCAGGUACAAGAAUUCCAGCCUUUACCAAAUCUGAAAGCAAACAAGUCAAGGGCUCAAUUGAUUUCCUAGGAUUGAACCAUUACUUCACAUUGUACGUAAAGGACAGAUCGAGCAGCCUAGAAAAGAACAACAGGGACUACCAUGCAGAUAUGGCUGCACAGACAAUAUAUGUGCAAGGUGACACACCAUCAGAUGAGUACCCAAUUACACCCUCAGGUCUGGCAGGAACUUUGGAGUAUUAUAAGCAAUUUUAUGGCAACCUACCAAUUUACAUCCAUGAAAAUGGUCAAAAGACACGACGAAAUUCAACACUGAAUGACACAGCAAGGGUGGAAUAUUUACAUGUUUUUAUUGGGAGUGUUCUUGAUGCUUUGAGGAAUGGAUCAAAUGUUAGAGGGUAUUUCCAGUGGUCCUUCAUGGAUUUAUACGAGUUAUUGGACGGCUACAGAGUAUCAUUUGGCCUCUACUAUGUAGAUCUGGAUGACAAGGAUUUGAAAAGACAUCCUAAACUGUCUUCACAUUGGUAUUCCAAUUUUUUGAAGGGAAAAAUUUCCAGUCUGGAUGCUAUUGUUGACGUUAAGAAGAAUAUUUCGUCUCUUUCACAGCCUCACUUAAUCAGUGAUGCUUAUAAAUUUACUCAAACGAAUGCCAAGGGUUUGUAACUUGCCUGCAUGACCAGCACAUUGAUCCGUUUGAGAUACAUGAUGUGGUUUAAAUUUUCUACGCAGAGUUUUUCUUUUGUAUAACAUAAUUAGACAUGAACUUCUCAUCUCAUGGAGAUUGUUCUUUAUGCAUUUAGUUUGCAUUUUGAAGUUUCUCAUUCAA